AUGGAUGAUCAGAAGAAUCGGGCUCAUCACAAGACGAAGGAGAAAAAGAAAUAUGAAGGUCAGAACCCGAAAGCUUUUGCUUUCUCAAACCCUGGAAAGGGUAAUAGACAAGCUGCAAGAUCCCAUGAACUCAAGGAAAAACGCCUACAUGUACCUCUCGUCGACCGUCUCCCCGAGGAGGCACCGCCAAUUAUCGUCACAGUCGUUGGACCUCCCGGAGUUGGAAAGACUACACUGAUCAAAUCGUUAAUAAGACGAUACUCGAAACAAACAUUAAGUUCUCCGACGGGUCCUCUUACGGUCGUUACAUCCAAGCGACGACGCUUGACGUUCCUUGAAUGCCCUUCAGAUUCGUUGGCUAGCAUGAUCGAUGUCGCCAAGAUCGCAGAUAUAGUGUUGUUGAUGAUUGACGGCAAUUACGGGUUUGAAAUGGAGACCAUGGAAUUCCUAAACGUUCUGGCCUCCAGUGGUAUGCCUGGUAACGUCUUUGGUAUUCUUACCCACCUCGACUUGUUCAGGAAACAGAGCACAUUGCAAGCAGCGAAGAAACGAUUGAAACACCGUUUCUGGAGCGAACUAUAUCAAGGCGCAAAAUUAUUUUACCUGUCCGGUGUCGUCAAUGGCCGGUACCCAGACCGUGAAAUCCACAACCUAUCUCGAUUCCUCUCCGUGAUGAAGAACCCACGUCCUCUUGUGUGGCGCAAUUCGCAUCCUUACGCUCUCGCCGAUCGAUUCCUCGACAUCACCCCGCCCACUGAGAUUGAAAAAGACCCAAAGUGCGAUCGUACAAUAGCAUUGUAUGGCUACUUGCGCGGAACCAAUUUCCCCGCUCAAGGUGCUCGUGUCCAUGUUCCUGGUGUCGGUGAUCUCACAGUAUCUGCUAUUGAGUCUCUACCCGAUCCUUGUCCUACACCUUUCAUGGACCAGCAAAUAGCCAAGGCGACGGGCAAAGGUGGAAGGAAGAGAUUGGGUGAAAAGCAGAAAUUGUUGUUUGCUCCAAUGUCGGAUGUUGGUGGUGUCUUGAUCGAUAAGGAUGCCGUUUAUAUCGAUGUCAAAUCCGCGACCUUCAAUCGGGAGCACGAUGACUCCGACGACGAAAACAGGGGUCUAGGAGAACAGCUUGUCAUGGGUUUACAAAAUGAACGCAAACUGCUUGGAGAAGCUAAAGAUAGUCUCCAGCUUUUCAAGGGAGGUGGAGCAAUUUCUAAAGUGGAUGGCGAAACAGACACUGGGCGAAAGGAAAAGCGCAAUAUCCGGGCAAUGGAUGCUACCGGUUACGUUUCUGAAGAAGAAGACGAAGGGUUUGGAAGUGAGGAAGCGGAUGAGGAUGAUGAGGAAGGGAUGGAGGGAGACUUGGGUGACGAGAAUUCUGAUGAGGAGCUGGAGUCCGACGAUAAUGAAGGUGAAUUCGAAGCGCCAUCGGACUUGACCCGGCAUAUUCGUGAGAAGCAGAACCGUGAUAGCAAAGGGAAAGAAGGUGAUUUUGCUUUCGCAGACAGUGAUUCGGACCUGGGAUCCAUCUCUUCCGUUGAAGAUCAGGAGUUUGACGAUCCUGAUGAGGAUGAGGACGCAUCAGAGAAUGAUGAAGACGGUGCUUUACGGUGGAAGAGCAAUAUGUUAGAUAAUGCCAAAGCUCUCCAUGGGAAGAAGCCCGCAUACCGCGUCAUUGACCUUACCCGGAUGCUCUACGACGAGUCUAUCACGCCUGCUGAGGUGAUAGCCAGAUGGAAAGGUGAAGAUAACGAGGAUACGGAGGAUAUAGACGAGGAUGAAGAAGAAGACUUCUUCAAAAAGACCAAUGCUGAGAAGGAAGAAGAAUGGGAAGAUCGGACAAUUCCCACCUUUGACUACGAUGAGCUGGAGAAGAAAUGGUCAGACCAAGAUGCUGUCGAAACCUUACGACGUCGCUUUGCUUCGGCCAGACUAGGUGCUUCUGGCAGUGGCGACGAAGAUGAUGAUCGCCCUGAUGAUGGACUAUCUGACGAGGGGGAUGGUGCUUUUGAGGAUCUUGAGACCGGUGAAGUCUUCAAUGGUUUUGAUGAAGGCUCGGGUGAUGAAGAAGAGAGUGAAGCUGAGGAGAAAGCUGAAGGCGAGGUGGACCUUGAAGCCGAGCGAGAGCGAAACGCCAAGAGGAAAGAAGAGCUUAAGCUGCGAUUUGAAGAGGAGGAUCGAGAGGGCUUCGCUAAUGCCAGGAAUGGUGAUCGAAACGAAGGCAAAGACGACAACGAGUUUGGAGAAGAUGACUGGUAUGACGCUCAAAAGGCUCAGUUGCAAAAACAAUUGGAUAUCAACCGUGCCGAGUUCGAGUCUCUUGACGCUAUUUCUCGUGCUCGAGCGGAAGGUUUCCGAGCUGGUACCUAUGCGCGAAUUGUCUUGGAGAAGGUCCCAUGUGAAUUUUCGACCAAGUUUAAUCCUCGAUACCCAGUCCUUGUUGGUGGAUUAGCACCAACAGAAGAACGUUUUGGCUACGUACAAGUGCGUAUCAAACGACAUAGGUGGCACAAGAAGAUUCUCAAGACCAACGAUCCGCUUAUCUUCUCUCUCGGCUGGCGUCGCUUCCAGACUCUACCCAUCUACAGUAUCUCCGACUCGCGUACUCGCAACCGCAUGUUGAAGUAUACACCAGAGCACAUGCACUGUUUCGGAACAUUUUACGGGCCUCUAGUUGCUCCCAAUACCGGUUUCUGUUGUGUGAAUUCAUUUUCGAACAAAAUUCCGGGCUUCCGAAUCGCCGCCACUGGUGUCGUUCUCAAUGUAGAUGAGAGCACCGAGAUUGUGAAAAAACUGAAACUUACUGGUUAUCCAUAUAAGAUCUUCCGCAAUACUGCUUUCAUUCGUGACAUGUUCAAUUCUUCUUUGGAAAUUGCCAAGUUUGAAGGUGCCGCCAUUCGUACAGUGUCUGGUAUCCGUGGUCAAAUCAAGAGAGCUCUCAGCAAACCUGAAGGUCAUUUCCGAGCUACUUUCGAGGACAAGAUUCUAAUGAGCGACAUCGUCUUCCUCCGUGCCUGGUAUCCGAUUAAGCCUCACCGGUUCUACAAUCCCGUCACGAAUUUGUUGGAUAUCGAUGAGAGUGCUCCCGAAGAAAACGGAUGGCAGGGUAUGCGAUUGACUGGCGAGGUGCGCAGAGCCGAAGGAAUCGCUACACCGCUUGAGAAGGACUCAAAGUAUAAACCAGUUGAACGUCCUACGCGCCAUUUCAACCCUCUCCGUGUCCCUCGACAACUCGCCAAGGACCUGCCCUACAAAUCUCAGAUUACUCAGAUGCGACCCCGCAAAGAGCAGACAUACAUGCAGAAGCGAGCUGUUGUUCUAGGCGGAGAGGAGAAGAAGGCACGUGAUCUCAUGCAGAAACUCACCACCAUGAACACCGAAAAGAGAACCAAACGUGCCGCAGCCCAGGAGGAGCGCCGAAAAGGAUACCGCGCCAAAGUGGCAGAGAACUUGGCAAAGAAAGCCGAACGCGAGAAACGUGAGAAGAGUGAAUACUGGAGACAAGAGGGCAAGAAACGGAAGAACACCGACGGAGAUUCAGGCGGUGGUAAGAAGCGCAAGUGA